GCCGCUGCCCUGAGGGGUGUUUCUCCGGCACUGAGGCGGCUUCCGGUGGGGCCUGACCGGGUCACCCGCGCCUCUGCCCGCUGCCUGCCUCGGCUCGUCCGCUGGGGAUUGGAGUGGAAGUUUUGUCAGAUUCUUGUUCUCGUACUACUAAAAUUAUCCCUAACUAAAGAUGCAUCCAGACCUGUCUCCUCAUCUGCACACUGAAGAAUGUAACCUAGUUAUCAGUCUGCUCAAGAAGUGUCACAAGGAGCACUACAUUUUGAAAUUUUUUGGCCAUUGCAAUGAUAUUGACCAUGAGAUGCGGAAGUGCUUAAAGAAAGAGUAUGAAGAAAACAGGGCCAGGAACCGGGCGAUGCGACAGAAGCUAAUUAAUGCUCACAAAAACUCAGAGAAGUGAGCUGUACUGUAGUUGGAUGGCUGCAUCUCAGUAGGGAUACUCAGUUGCGUGUUGACAAAAUACUUCUCUGACAUCACCAGUGUUCAGCCUGUGGUUUGUGAAAUGGUGAAGAAAUAAAUGCACCUAAUACAUAUUUACUCCUAUCAAGGCAAACAAUGUAGAAAAAAAUAAAUAUAAUAAAUGAGCACUCACACUUAAUUUUUGACCUCUAAAAGAAAACUAUUCUGGCAAGUCUUUGUUCUUGCAUGGUUUUGUUAUGAUUGCUAAGUAAUGAGGAAUCAGUGUGUGUGGAGUAUUAUGUAUUCAAAGCUGCUAUAUUCCCUACCUUGUGUUGAGUUGUAUUUAUUUCUGUGUGUUUAGCAGUUUCCCUUUCAUAUCUUGUUUUUUGCCUUUUUUUUUCCUUGUAAAACACUGUAUGACUUUUUCCAUUGCUCUUCAUUGUGUUGUGAUAACACUGCUAAAAUGAAUUAGUAGAAAGAAAUUUUAAACAGAUGUGGCUUGAAAUUGAAAAUUGCCUGUCAAGUAAUAACUGGCAUUCUAGUAUUUUUAUUUGAGCUAAAAUGAUGAAAGUACCAUCUUCCACUGAGAAGAUUAAAAAUCCUUCCUUCCAACCAUACAUACAGUGUAGGCUGUUGUAAGACAAUUUGUUCAUCAUACCCAAAACAAGUGGCUUUAGAAAUUCAGAAUGGAACAUUUACAGGGAUUUACAAAGCUUUGCCUUGAUUUUUGUAGUGUACAAUCAAUGUGUGCUGAGUGUUUUUUGAAGAGUGCUGCCAAAAAUACAAGCUAAAUAGUUCUUCCACAUAAUCUGCUACAAAGGUGAAGUCAAAUUAUGACUAUUGCUGUUGAAGGAAAACUCACAUUGAAGUGAAAGAAAGCGUAACUUGCCUUUCAGUUAGGCAAGGUAACUAGUAUUGUGUUAACCAAGUUGCCUCAGUAGCCUACAAGAGCUGUUUGUUUGCUAUCAAACUGCAGAAAGUCCUCAACAAGUCUCUGAAUUCAGAAGAUUUGAUAUUAAAACGUGUUGGCUUGUGCAGUGAUGGAGCUGCUUCUCUGGGUGUCUGCUGGAUUCACCUUAUUUUUAAAUGACUUUUCUGUUAUGCCUAGCAAGAAAAGACUAAAAAAAAAAAUAAUAUAUGGAGCCAAAUAUAUUAAGUGUCUUUAAACCUUCUGAAAAAAGGGUGCCUAUUCUACGAUGAAUUGUAUGGUUUGUUGUAAGAACCAUGGUUGACACUCGAUCUUGUAUUUUGUGAUCUAUUUUGAAAGAUUCACUAGAUAAAAUAAUUCUCUUUAUUUUUCAAUACCUGGGUGGACGCAGUUAAAUUGGUAAAACUUAAUCACAGAUGUUUUCAGUGGAAGUUCCAAGAAAAAGUGAAGCAAUUGUUUCUGCAUCUUUUGACAAGCUGUCUGCUUUCUUAGAACAAGUGAUGCAUUAUUUGAAUUAAAUACUUGAGUGGUUGGAA